CCUACUCGGCGUGGGUUCCGUAUUUGUUAUCCACAUGACAUGUGUAACAAAAAAAUUGUAAAAUAAGAUGAGUUCGCAGAAAGGUAACGUAUCUCGGUCACGAGCCCAGAAGCACCAAAACAGCACAGCCUUCAGAAACGACAAGUAUGGAGCGACUGUACAAGUAAAGAAGGCAAAUUCAAAAAUCCACGAUGGGCUCUGUCAACAUUGUAAGGGUGUUCUUGAGUGGAAAGUGAAGUUCAACAAAUACAAGACACUGACACAACCCAAAAAAUGUGUUAAGUGUUCUCAGAAGACCGUUAAGGAUGCGUAUCACAUCAUUUGUAAGCCCUGUUCUCUUCAGUUUGAGAUUUGCUGCAAGUGUGGGAAGAAAGAGGAGAUCGUUGUUCCAAUAAACUCACAAGGGGACAAGAAAGAGGAAGAAGAGGUUGUCGAUCAGAGAAAGAAAGGAUGUGGACAAAGGAGGAAGGACUUGGACGACUUGGACAGUGAGGACGAUUAUGAUGAGGAUGACUUAAGUGACCUUGAAGAUGAUAAUGAUUUAGAUAGUGACUCAGAAUCAAAGAAGACAAAGACAAAAUCUGAUGCACUCCCAGAUGUAUCCAGAGUCAAUAUUAAAGACUAAAGACAGUGUCUACCAACGACACCUCUUUGUUUUCACAUGAGGUUUGAGACAUGCUCAUACUCAAAUCAACAAAUGCUUGAUGCAGAACCUGGAAGAUGAGUUAAUGUCAAAUCUGGGGCAGUUGGGUGCACAAAAUCUACCAGAUGAUUCAGGAAUAUUUCAGACAGUUUCAUCAUUUUUUUUAUACAAAGAACAUUAAGUGCUAUAAAUUAGGAUGAACAGACAAUGUACUGUACAUUUACAAACAAUGUUAGCUAAAUAUAUACUGUACAUUUGAAUAUAUACAAUAAAAACCUGUACAUGGUGUAUAUUCACUUAAAA